AUCUGAGAGUGUCCUCCCUGCUCAGCAGCGUCCCGCAUCCCGCCCAGGCACCGCGGCGGGGACGGACCCAGCAGGGCUCACAGAAGCCGCUCUAGAGAAGUUGUAUUUGCAACAGGGGAAGGGAACACCUGGGCAGGAGCUGAUCUAGGAAGCACUUGUUUUCUAAGGGAACGGUGCCUCCAAAGGCUGGAAGAUGCUGGAUAAGGCCACCCUGCUCUUGUUCCUGCAUUUAGUGGCAUGCUCCAUCUCCUCUCCUCUCUAUCCAGCUCUCAGGUACAGUCCAGGGCUGGUUGCUGGCAAGGCCAUGAACUUCCAGCUACAGCACAGCAGCCCAUCGCAGAGCCAGAACCCCUCAGCAGAGGAACAGGAGGAGGAGGAGGAGGGUUUGUUAACAGACUCAGUUGAGAGAAGGUUUGUACCUCAUCUCUCAGCCCCGCUGCAGCAAGAGUACACUGGGUACGAUCUUCCCCCAGCCCAGGAACAGACCAGCAGGUCACUCAGUCCCACCAGCACCACAAAGUCCAGGCUCCAGGGAGAGAACCCAGCUGAGCCCUGCAACCAGAGCAGAAGGAUGCAGCGCCAUGCUGAUGCCAUAUUCACUGACAACUACCGGAAAUUCCUGGGGCAGAUUUCCGCCCGUAAAUUCUUACAGACGAUCAUUGGCAAGCGGCUUGGAAGCAGCGAGAGCAGCCCAGGAGAAGGGGUGCACGAAUUUCUGACAAGGCGCCAGUCUGACAGCAUCCUGAUGGACAGCCGCUACCACCAACAGAUGGUACUAAGGGACUUCCUGGGAGCCAUUCUGCAGAAUCAAAGGCCUCAGGACAUCAACAGCAGUCGGUUAGAAGGCUUUCCUAGCACCCUGGCUAAGCUCAUGUAAACACUUCUCCAUUUUUCAUCUCCCCGUGCUCUGAGUAAUUCAGAGCUCCUGGAUCUAACUGUACAGUAAGCCCUUCACAGCAAUGAAGACAUUCCUGGAUGCGAGCAGCUGGAAACUGAUGCACACACUCCUCAGAUCUGUUUACUUCAGUCUUCACAAUUUAACUUCCCUCUCUAAUACUGGUCUGUGUACCAAAUGAGAAAAGAUACCUCUGUGGUUUAACCUCAGGCUGCUUUACAUACAAAGACUAAAACAACCAGUACAGUUGUAAUCCUGGGGACAUACUGUCUACUAAUUAAGGCUUUCGAAUCACAAAGCAUAGCAGAAUUUCUGCCAAGUCAUCAGUCUGAGGGCCUGAUUAAUAAACAUGAGGCCACCAAAAGGUACCUUUAGGCAACUUAGUAAAUUGAUUACAGCCUCCUCUAAAUAGAUGCUGAUGG